CACCGGCUCGAUCUUUGCUAUUCGGAGCCCAUCAACACACGCUCAAUCUCUCUCUCUCUCUCUCUCCAGCUCCGUGCAAUGGCCACAGAAAUCAAGGCCCACGCGGUCAGUCCCGCUCCGCUUCCCCUCGAGGGCCGCGUCGCCAUCGUCACCGGCGGAUCCCGCGGCAUCGGACGCGCCAUCGCCUCCCACCUCGGCUCCCUCGGCGCCCGGCUCGUCGUCAACUACGCCUCCAGCUCGGCUCAAGCCGACGCCCUCGCGGCCGAGCUCAACUCGUCCGGCUCCGACCCUUCCGCGCCUCCGCGCGCCAUCGCCGUCAAAGCCGACGUCUCCGACCCCGAUCAGGUCAAGCGCCUCUUCGACGAGGCGGAGCGCGUGUUCGGAUCCCCGGCCCACGUCUUCGUCAACUGCGCCGGCGUCAUGGACCCCAAAUUCCCCAGCCUCGCCAACACGACGGUGGAGGAGUGGGACUCGACCUUCAAGGUCAACGCGCGGGGCGCGUUCCUCGGGUGCCGGGAGGCUGUGAACCGGCUGAGGCGCGGCGGAGGGGGGAGGAUCGUGAUGGUGACCACGUCGGUCGUCGGGGGCCUCUUCCCCGGGUACUCAGCCUACGCAGCGUCGAAGGCGGCGGUGGAGACGAUGACAAAAAUCGCGGCGAAGGAGCUGAAGGGGACAGGGAUCACGGCCAACUGCGUCGCGCCGGGGCCCGUAGCGACGGAGCUGUUCUUCGCCGGGAAGACGGAGGAGAUGGUGAAGAGGGUGGUGGACGCCUGUCCGAUGGGCCGGCUUGGGGAGGGGAAGGACGUGGCGGAGGUGGUGGGGUUCCUGGCUAGCGAUGCGGGAGAGUGGGUCAACGGUCAGGUGAUUCGAGUCAACGGGGGAUUCGUCAUUUGAAUCUGUCACCGUUUAAGGGCUAGACAUGUUUGAUGAAAUGCGAUUUUGCUUUGGCUGAGCAAUCACAUCCCUUUCUCUUCUCUCUUGUAAUGUAACUUAGAUUCCCUUUUUUUGGCCGAUUGCAAUGUACUUGUUUACAAUAAAGCUUGAAUAUUUGAUUAAA